CAGACCCCACUCCACAGACAGCGCCACCCACAGGAAGAUGACCCUCUCUCUGGCUGACCGCUGCUCUAAGACCCAGAAGAUUAGAAUACUGCCCAUGGCUGGACGAGACCCUGAGUCUCAACGCAAUGAGAUGAUCAAGAAAGAGGAGGAGCGUCUGCGUGCGUCUAUCCGUCGUGAGGGCCAACAGCGGCGGAUGAGAGAGAAGCAGCACCAACGAGGGCUGAGCGCCGGUUACCUGGAGCCUGAUCGCUAUGACGACGAUGAGGAGGGGGACGAGUCGGUCAGCCUGGCCGCCAUCAAGAGCAAAUACAAGGGAGGAGGAGGAGGAGGAGGAGGACUGAGAGAGGAGCGGGCUAGGAUCUACUCGUCUGACAGUGAUGAGGGUUCUGAUGAUGAUAAAGCCCAGAGACUGCUCAAGGCCAAGAAACUAGACUCUGACGAGGAAGGGGAGAGUUCAGGGAAGAGGAAGGCUGAGGAGGAUGAGGAGGAGGAGGUGGAACCCAAGAAGGCAAAGAAGUACGUCAUCAGCGAUGAAGAGGAGGAAGAUGAUGAAUGAUGUCUGUUUUUUUUUAUCAUACCACUGUAUCAUCAGUGUUUUGUUAUAUCCAAUGCGUCGCGAUGUAGACCUAACGUUUAAUUUGUAGUUUGUAUAUUUUCUAAUGAUGACUGAGUGAGAGAGAGAGAGCUCUGUACAGCUGUAGGAAUAAAGAGAAGAUGAACUAGGUGUUUAUCUCAACGACCAAACCUCA